UAUGUAGCUGCGUAUUGUAGUCUCCUGCUUGAGUCGUCCAGCCAGCCAUCAUGGACUCUGAGGACGAGGGGGACAUGGCCUCAUCCAGGUCAGACCCGCUACUGUCACCCUCUGCCAAGGAUCUGACUCUAACCAGCUUCCUGUUUGGCAACAUCGAUAAGAAGGGUAAUCUGGUCGAUGACAUCCUCGAUCCAGAAUCCAAGCGUCAUCUAGCCGAGCUGGGAGCCAUGUCGGAUCUGGGCAGUAUGGUCAAGGAGAUUGCAAAGGAGGAGGAUUACGAUGAAGACGAUGCAGACAGCAAGAAUCUAGAAGACCUGUCAAUGGAAGAUGGUUCUGUGGAGAAGGCGAGCGAUGCGGUCGAUUACUCGGAUAUCAAUGAGGCGGCGGAAGACGUCUCCUAUGAGAAAUACAGAGAAGCCAUGUCCACGGUUAUGCCUUCCAAACAAGACUCUGAUGAUGAGGAUUAUGACGACGUCGACACGGCCGAGAGCUCCAAAUCAGAGAAGGACUCCCAGCUCAUGCCCCCACCUCCCCCGCCGGUCGUACGUAAGACGUUCCCACUGUCAACCCCUCAGUCACCGGACGGCCAAGGGGACGGAAUUCAUGUAGAUGGGGAGGACGGGCAAGUCCCUGAGACUGCUGGAGAGGACGAGGAGACCCCACAGGAGCCGAAAAGAAAGCCCAACGUGUCAGAGCUUUUCCCCGAGUUCAGGGAAGGAAAGGUACUGAGGUUCCAUCGUCUCUUUGGCUGCCAGAACACGCUCCCCCAGAUUUGGCGCGGUGCCAAGAAGAAGCGGAGGAAACGUCGCCCGACAGCCAGCUCCGAGGGUACGGAGCAGGUGUCUAGCCCCACCAAGAGCAGUAGCAUCACGGGAUGGCUGUACAACUACGCGCCAACACCACCCCCUGAAGAGUGCACUCCGGAUGAUGAGAUCACUAUGCUGGCCCCUAUUGAGCCCCUGAUCUCCAAUGAAGAUGAGGACGCCAACAAGAACAAGGACUCCAAACCCAAGAUUGCCGAGUGGCGGUACGGGCCGGCCCAGUACUGGUAUGACAUGCUGGGAGUGCCGGAGAGCGGGGAAGGCUUCGACUACGGCUUACAGAUGAGAAAAAAUAACAAAGAGAACAUCCCCAGCCCGAAGCCUUCAGACGACGAGCCAGAACCGCCGCCCAAGGAGACCGUCCCCCUGUCUGAGCUCUUCACCGACUGUCCACAGGUGCCCGCGGCCCCACAGGACGCCUUCGAGUUGGUCAGCCAGCUUCCCUGGGAGGAUAACAUCAUCUGGGAUGGGGAGGAAGUCAAGGAGAAGAUGCUGCAGGGGACGGACGCCAACACGCUGGCGGGAUGGGUGCCCACGCUGGCUAAUAGGACGGUCCAUGCAUACUGCACAGCUCAUGGAAGGCGCAAUAUGGACUUCCUGGACCCCAGCCUCAGCUCAGCUCCUAUGGGUCUCAAACUCCAGGGUCCGGCCCUGGCAAGAAAGGUGGCCAACAAACUGGCACAACAAGCUCAAGGUAAUCAGGAGCCAGAGAAGGCAUCUUGGUACUCCAUCUUCCCCGUGGACAACGAGGAGUUGGUUUACCACAAGUGGGAGGACGACAUCAUCUGGGACCAUGAGAAAAUGGACCGAAUCCCGUCCCCCCUGGUCAUGAAGCUGGACCCCAACGAUGAGAACAUCAUCCUGGGCAUCCCCGAGGAUCCGGACCCCAACGCCGAGGCUGACAUAGUCAAAGAGAAGAAGGAACCCCGCAGAUCCAAGAUUGUCCUGGAGAAGUCCGGUGUCACCAAGUCUAAUAUCCUUCAGACCCAGGCCCAGGAAGACGAAGACGUCAAGGACCCAUUCAACAUCUCCAACGAUAACUAUUACUAUCCCAAGAACGUCGGCGAGAACAAACUGCGCGCCAACAUGGCCGGCAGUCUACAGCAUUCCACUCCGGCCGUGGAGCUGCGCCAGCCGUUCUUCCCGACCCACAUGGGCCCCAUCAGGCUCAGGCAUUUCCACAGGCCCCAGGUCAAGAGAUUCUCCCACGGCGCGCUGGCCUCCCCGGGAUACCACAAUGUCUGGCCGCUACUCAGACGGAUCAAGACCAAAGCCAAGCUGAGAGAGCAGGAGCGUCAGGCCUCCGGCGGGGGUGAGAUGUUCUUCAUGAGGACCCCCGAGGACCUGUCUGGGAUGGACGGUGAGCUCAUACUGACUGAGUACUGUGAGCAGUACCCGCCUCACAUGAUGCAAGUGGGCAUGGCCAGCAAGAUAUGUAACUACUACAAGCAGAAAUCUCUGUCUGACUCCAAGCCGCCCGAGUAUGAGCACGGCGAGACGGUCUAUGUCCGCAGCUCGCCUUUCCUCGGUGUCCUAGCGCCGGGCGAAUCCUUGCAAGCCUUGGAGAACAACCUCUUCAGAUCCCCGGCGUACCUCCACAAGAUGCUCAGCACCGACUUCUUGGUCAUUAGAACUCGGCAAAAGUAUUUUGUCCGGACCAUCGACCACAUCUACACCAUGGGACAGCAGUGUCCGCUGCGGGAAGUGCCGGGGCCCAACUCUAAGAAGGCUAACAACCACAUCCGAGACUUCUUACAGGUGUUUAUCUACCGACUGUUUUGGAAGAGCAACGAUCGUCCACGCCGUAUCAAGAUGGAGGACAUCAAAAGAGCCUUCCCCACACACUCAGAGAGCAGCAUCAGGAAACGACUCAAGCUGUGCGCUGACUUCAAACGCACAGGUAUGGAUUCCAACUGGUGGGUGGUCAAGCCUGACUUCCGCCUGCCCAGCGAGGAAGAGAUCCGGGCCAUGGUGUCGCCUGAGCAGUGCUGUGCCUACUACAGCAUGCUGGCUACUGAACAAAGGUUAAAGGAUGCUGGGUAUGGGGAGAAGUCUUUCUUUGCUCCAGACGAUGACAACGAAGACGACGUGCAGAAAAUUGACGAUGAGGUCCGCACAGCUCCCUGGAAUACCACCAGAGCCUUCAUAGCCGCCAUGAAGAGCAAGUGUCUCCUGGCUGUGACUGGUCCUACCGACCCGACGGGAUGCGGGGAGGGCUUUGCCUACAUGAAAGUCCCCAACAAGCCCUCGGGUGCUAAGGAUGACACUAGUUCUCCCCAGCAAGCCAAGAAGACAGUGACAGGCACGGACGCUGAUCUCCGACGUCUUAACCUGAAGCAGGCCAAGCAACUCCUGCGCAAGUUUGGCAUCUCGGAGGAAGAUAUCAAGAAGUUAUCUCGCUGGGAGGUCAUCGACGUGGUGCGCACCUACUCCACCCAGCAGGCCAAGAUGGGGGAGACCUCCACCUCCAAGUUUGCUCGCGGUAACCGCUUCGGCAUCGCUGAGCACCAAGAGCGCUACAAGGAGGAGUGCCAGAGGAUAUUCGACUUACAAAACAAAGUCUUAGCCUCAGACGAGGUGCUGUCGACCGAUGAAGACAGCAGCUCGGGAGAUGACAGCGACUUUGAGGAGAUGGGCAAGAACAUUGAGAGCAUGCUGUCCAACAAGAAGACCAGUACACAGUUGACCCAUGAGCGGGAGGAGGCGGAGAGACGUGAGCUCCAGCGCAUGCUGAUGGGGGACAGCGCCAGCACCAGCAGGGGAGAAGGCAAGGAGGGUGGGGGGCCCAAGAAUGGUGCCAACACCCCCACCCCAGGGGCAGGCCCCUCCACACGGGAUGACGACCUCAACUCAAUGCACAGCUUUGGAUCAUCAUUUAGCGGUCGUCGGCUGAAGAUUUACCGGACCUUUCGCGGUGAAGAUGGCCAGGAUUUUGUCAGAGUCGAGACGGUCCGGAGACCGGAAGUCAUCGACACCUACGUUCGCAUCCGUCAGUCCAAAGACGAGAGCUACAUCCGUCAGUUUGCCCUCCACGACGAGAAGCACCGUGAGGAGAUGAAGAAGGAACGUCGGCGCAUCCAGGAGCAGCUGCGCCGCAUCAAGCGCAACCAGGAGAAGCAGGAGCAGGAGAAGCUGCAUCCCAAGCCCCCCAAAGUCUUCAAGAAGAAGAAGGAGAAGAAGAUUGACCCCAAGGUCCACAAGAUGAAGUGCGGGGCCUGCGGGCUGAUCGGCCACAUGCGCACCAACAAGGAGUGCCCCAACUACGCCAAGCUGAAGGAGAACCUCCCGUCGGUCACCGUGGCCAUGACAGAGGAGCAAGAGGAGGCGGAGGAGAGGAAGCUGGAGGACGACGAGCUGGUCAAGACGGAAGGGACUAAAGUCAUCCUGGCCAAGAGCAUCCUUGAGCAUGCGGAGACCGUCAAACGCAAGUCGCUGGUCCUACGCUUCCCCAAGGAGAACUUGCCGCCCAAGAAGAAGAGACGCACAGAAUCCUCCCAGCCCUUGGACUAUCUCAAGCGACCCAACCAGUCCAACAAUCGUCGGCGUACGGACCCAGUAGUCACCCUCAGCAUCAUGCUGGAACCCAUACUGAAUGAGAUGAGAGACAUCCCAUACGCCACACCUUUUCACCAACCUGUCAACUCUCGUCACUUGAACGACUAUUACAAGAUAGUCCACAAUGCCAUGGACUUGCAGACAAUGCGAGAGAAAUUGCGGGCUCGGAAGUACCAGUCUCGGGAUGAGUUCCUGAGUGACGUGCAGCAGAUCGUGGAGAAUAGCGCCACCUAUAAUGGCGACACCAGCCCCAUGACCAUGGUGGCUCGCAACAUGAUGGUGCUCUGUCAGAAGCGAUUCGAUGAGAAAGAUGAGAAGUUUUCUCGCAUAGAGAAAGCCAUCAAUCCGCUCCUGGACGAUGACGAUCAGGUCGCCUUCUCCUUCAUCUUAGACAACAUCAUCACAGCGAUGAGGGCUGUUCCUGAUUCAUGGCCCUUCCACCAGCCCGUCAACCCCAAGCAGGUCAGGGACUACUACAAGAUCAUCCCCACGCCCAUGGAUCUGGAGACCAUGAGGAAGAACACACAGAAGCACAUGUACAACAGUCGGGACCAGUUCCUGGAGCACGUGGAGCUCAUGGUCAAGAACUGUGCCGCUUACAACGGUGAAGAGAGCAGCCUGACUAGGAUAGCCCACCGUGUCUUGGAGGUCUGCAAGGUGGAGCUGUCCUCCAACGAGGAGCACCUGGCCCAGCUGGAGAAGGACAUCGCGCUGGCCAGGGAGAGCGCCCUCGAGGCUGCCGAUACGGAGAGCCUGUCGUUGGCGCCCAACACGCCGUCCAGUCAAAUGGCCAACGAGGACAGCAUGACAGGUUUUGAAGAUGACGAUGAUGUGCAGGGCAAUGAGUUGGAGGAAGGAGAGUUUGUGGACAUCGAGGGAGACGAUGGCGACAAGAAAUCCAGCUUUGAGUUUAUCCAAGAUGCUGAAGACAGCAUCCUCUUCAACGACCUUCAGAUCACGCCGGACAACAGCGAAGAAGAAGACGACGACGAAGACGAAGAAGAGGAAGAAGGUGACAAUCCUUUCCUGAACCAGCUCAGCGAGAGCGAUGAGUCGGAGAACGAGGAUGGGGAUGAGACGGUGCGUCCAAACGAUGAUGGCGAAGAACGCAAAGACAAUGACAACCAAGAGGCGGAGAACUUGGAUGAGGAGGCUGUCGGUGAAGAAGACGACGACGUGGAGGCGGAUGUGGAUGAGUCCUUUGAGGCGGAGUAUGACAUGAGCCGGCCCAACUCGGAGAUGGCCGACGCGGAGCAGAGCGAGGAGGAGCUGGACGUGGAGGAAGGGAAGAUGAUCCAAGAUGACGAUGAUGACGAGGACAGCGACGAUGACUUUGUGGAGGUGGAGGAUGAGGAAGAAGCCAUGGAUGAAGGGUAAAUCUAAUAGUUUGCUAACGGAGUAAAGGCUGGUUCAACUUCAGCCCAAAAGCGUACGUGAUCGUGAAUUGGGACGUCCACAGAAAGAUUUUGCACUGUGAAUAUGCAAAAGUUAAAACACAUUUCAACUCUGGCUAAUUUCGCAGCGAAUGUUUCAUGACGUCAAAUUCGUUUUCCCAUUCGCACUCACAUGAAGUAUGAACUGGCCUUAAGGGGAAAAUCACACUGAGCUACUAAGUAGCUUACUGAGUUGAUUAAGAAAAUUGAGCUUAAAGCCUGUCAGAACACUUUAUAAAAAAACAUUUUGAUGCAUACUUUUUUUGUAUUUGUACUUAUUUUGUUCUGGGGUUGAAAGCUGUACAUAAUUCACCCCAUAAUCGAUGUGCAUUGAAUAUAAAAGAAGAUUUUUCGUUUCCUACUCAAUUUUUACAAACUUACGAACUCAUGCUUACCAUCUUUUAACCGUGCCACCGCGGAAGUAGAGGUUGCUAUCAAUGACAUGAAGUGAAAUUUAGUCUUGGGAACCUUGGCAGCGCUACCCAGGAAAUUCAGAGUAUAGCUUGUGCAUAUUGAUUCAAGCUGAUGCAAAUGCAUAAGGUGUGUUCAGAAUUUGCUGGGUAGCGCUGCCAAAAUUCCCAAGAACUGGAUUUGAUCCAUCCUGUUGAUAGUGACCUCAACCAAAUCCAGUCUUGGGAACAUCGGCAGCGCUACCCAGGAAGUUCAGAGCAUAACUCACGCAUGUUGAUUCAAGCUGAUGCAUACGUUUGAGGAUUGCUUUGGAAUUUCCUAGGUAGCACUGCCAAAAUUCCCCAAACUGGAUUUGAUCCAUCCUGUUGAUCGCGACCUCGACCAAAUCCAGUCUUGGGAACUUCGGCAGCGCUACCCAGGAAAUUCAGAGCUUAACUCACGCAUGUUGAUUCAAGCUGAUGCACAUACAUGAGGUGUGCUCGGAAUUUCCUGGAUCACGCUGCCAAAAUUCCUCCAAACUGGAUUUGAUUCAUCCUGUUGAUAGCGGCCUCAACCAAAUCUAGUCUUGGGUACUUUGGCAGCGCUACCCAGGAAGUUCAGAGUAUACCUCAUGCAUAUUGAUUCAAGCUGAUGCACAUGCGUGAGGUGUGCGCAGAAUUUCCUGGGUAGCGCUGCCAAAAUUCCCAAAACUGGAUUUGAUUUAUCCUGUUGAUAGCGACCUCAAUCAAAUCUAGUCUUGGGAAUUUUGGCAGCACUAUCCAGAAAAUUCUUAGCAUUCCACAUGGACUGUAUUCAGGCUAUUGUAUGUGUGUGAGGUAUGCUUUGGAAUUUCCUGGGUAGCACUGCCAAAAUUCCCCAAAACUGGAUUUAAUUCAUCAUGAAGCACCCUCUACUACACAGUGAAUAAAACCAAAUCCAGGCUUCGAACAAGACUACUGAGAAAUCAAAUUAUUUAUUCGAAAUAAACUCAUGAUCAGUUUAUGAACUACAUGUCUAAUUAGUAGGAAGUUAAUAGCUUGGUCAGUCCUAAGCUUUAGUUUCAGAGAUUCUAAUUAAAGGCAGAAAUGUCUUCAGAGCACAAAAGUGAAAAUGUUUACUUGGCUUCCACAAGAAAGCAUGCUUGUUGCAUUAUUUAUUUGUUAAAAGGAUAACAAAUUGUUGGAGGUCAAGUUUUUGACAAUUUUCUAUUUUUUUUCUCAGAAAAAAAGCUAUAUAUCUGAAGCCCUGUUCAUCGAACAGCCAGUAUAUAUUAAACUGAUUUUUGGAUUUGGGCCGUGGAAUAGAGGCUUGCCUCAUCCCGGCCACGGUUUGGCCUGGUAAGAUCAUGUGUAGUAUCUGUUCUUUUCAGCUUAAUAUCUGAAACGCUGUACAUCGAACAGCCAGUAUAUUAAACUGAUUUUUGGAUUUGGGCCGUGGAAUAGGGGCUAGCUAAGUCCCCACCAGGGGUUGGCAGUAUAUCUUAUGGUGAAAAGAAAGUCUUAACUGUUUAUAAACCUUGGUGAUGUUUAAGCAUUUUGUUUUGUUGUACAUAUUGUAUAUUUUAUAAAAAGAUCGACCAGAAAUCGCAAGAAAAGUGUUCUCAUUUGGGAGAAAAUCCGAGUAAGUCAACUCAUUGGUUAAACAUCAGUUUGAAUGAUGUCCGAUGAGUGUAGAACCAAGCAUAAUAUGUUGUCGUAAAGUUAUAAUAUAUUUUACCAAACAAAAAAGAAGGAAGGAAACAAAGGUUGAUAUACAUGUAUUUUCCCGUGAUGUGUGGAUGGACUUUGCCAUUUUUAUGAGCAUUUCCCCAUUAUUAUUCCAAUAAUUUUAUUCAAGUGACUUUUUGUUUAUAAUAAAUGGUUCUUGAAAUGAAAGCUGCUCAAUCAUUGAAUACAAAUCUGAAAAGCAAGGGAGAAAUGUACAGAGCUGUAGGUGUCAAUAAAGUUGAAGCUUACAAAAAAACAACAACAA